GGCAUUUCAGAACUGAAGUUGAGCCAGCCGAGCAGCAAAACAGACUGGGACUGAGGCUUUGCUUGCCAAUAUCCCAGUGGCUGGAGAUUCAAGUUCCGCUGUUAUCCACUUUGAUUUCUUGGAUUUCCUUGAAUCGAAGCAACAUAAAAGGUCAAUAUGGCCAUGCCAGAAAAAUCAAUUUGUACCAAUCCAAGUGAGAAUUUCCGUAAUUUCCCUGAGAUUAUUGAACUUAAUGUAGGUGGUCAGGUUUAUAUAACUCGCUACCCUACUUUGGUCAGCAUUCCUGGUUCCCUGCUCUGGGAAAUGUUCAAUGAAAAGAAUCCUUGCUCCCUGAUUCAAGACAGCAAAGGAAGAUUCUUCAUAGAUCGAGAUGGUUUUCUCUUUCGCUAUGUGCUAGACUACAUGAGAGAUCUGCAAGUCAUUCUUCCUGACCAUUUUCCAGAGUGUGGUCGUCUCCAGAGGGAAGCAGAAUACUUCAAGUUGCCAGAACUGGUCAAGAUGUUGGCUCUUAAAAUAAACAAGCUCAACUCACCUGGCAAUGACCUAUGCCAAAGUGACCUAGAAGAGUUGUCUCCCAGCAUUGACACUGUGCUUAAUCUCUCUUCAAGUAAUACCAUCCCAAUUACUGGCCCUGAUAGCAACCUAGCUGUGAAAAUGGCCACUGGUUCUGAUCUCAAGAAGGCAGGCUUCAUCACAAUUGGUUAUCGAGGCUCUUAUACUCUGGGUCGGGAUAGUCAAACAGAUGCCAAAUUCCGCCGUGUGGCCCGAAUCAUGGUGUGUGGUAAGAUCUCACUGGCCAAAGAAGUGUUUGGAGAUACACUGAAUGAGAGCAGAGACCCUGAUCGUCCUCCUGAGCGAUAUACUUCACGUUACUACCUCAAGUUCACUUUUCUUGAACAAGCCUUUGACAAACUAGCUGAUGCUGGCUUCCACAUGGUAGCAUGCAACUCCACUGGCACCUGCACUGUGACACAUGACCAGACUGAUGACAAGAUCUGGACCUCUUACACUGAGUAUGUUUUCUAUCGUGAGUGAUGCUUUUUAAAAAAAUCACCCAGAAAAUACAAACCAAUAGAGUACUUUUUUCUCUCUCUUUCUAUUCUCAUGCCAACUAUGUCCUUUAUAAAUGCACACAUUAAUCACUCUUAGGUGUUGAGUCUAAUUUGGAGCAAUGACACUCCCUUCACGAUAACCAGUAGAGCCUUUUUUUUUUGGUAUUGUCCUUCUUACAUGUCAUCCCAUUCUAUGUAUAUGGCUUCCAACCUCUCUUAGAUUGUGGAUGGAUGCAAUUGAAGGAAAAUAUUUGAUGUGUAGACAUAUGUACAUACACAUGACUCUAGAUAUACAGGCAUAUUUUUUUGGUGAAGACAAAUUAAGUAGAGCCACAAGAUUUAGUUGCUUGAGAAAUGCUGAGACACCAUUUCCAAAGUGUUUCUUAGCACCAUAUUUUAAACUUGCUUACUACUCUGUGUUAUUUGUAUUUCUGUAUUGCUCCUUCUGAGCUAGAGGUUACUAUAGGAAAUGUGAAUGCAAUUUUUAAACUGUAAAUACACACACAUACAUACACACACACUCACACAUGCACACACAUUGCACACAUACACACAAAUUGCUAUCAUAUUAUCAGCCUGAGUGGAAAAAAUUGACAACAGCCUUCCAGGAGGUUCAAAGAACGGUCAAGUAAUUGUAAAAUUAUCAAUUACUUUUAAUAGAAAGUGAGUAAAGAGGGAGCAAUUAUGUAAGUAAUUAUUUCCAAGAAUAAAAGGCUUGACACUUGAAUUGCUUUUACUUAAAAAAGAUAGGGAAGAUGAGUAUCAUGGAUUUUACUCAGGCAUAUGCAUGCAUGCCAUUGUCAAAGACUAUCUUGAAGUAUCUGCUCUGUUCAUUAGAAUUGAAAUGAAAGCUUUUGUAGGCAAGGAAAAGUAUAAGUAAAGACUGCUUUAUGCAAAUACAUAUAUAUUUUAGUUUUGUUUUCACUGGUCAAAUAAUUGGAUGGGUAUGUCUGCUGUUACCUUUUGUCUUAAUAAGAAGUGUGUCUUUUGUGUUUUCAUGUGUGUGUACACACACGAGCAUGUUUGUAAUCUGGGAGUGGAAGUGAAAGAAGAGGGGGAAAAAGGGAAGAGAA